GGAGCGCCGGGGGCGGGGGGGUGGCUGGGACCUUCCCCGUCGCGCCCCGCCGGAGGCAGCGCCCGCUGUGCCGGGCAUGGGCGCUGCGGCUGAGUGGUGUGCUGUCCCGCCCCGUCCUGAUGAGUCCUCGCCGGAGCAAGGCGCUGGCGGCCCGGCCUCGGGAGGGAGGAUGUGGUGAGAGGAUGGGGCUGUCUCCCGCGGGGGCUCGCCAUGGCCAGGGAGGACUCGGUGAAGUGCCUGCGCUGCCUGCUGUACGCCCUCAACCUCCUCUUCUGGUUGAUGUCCAUCACUGUAUUAGGUGUUUCUGCUUGGAUGAGAGACUACCUGAAUAAUGUUCUGACUUUAACUGCAGAAACAAGAGUGGAGGAGGCUGUCAUUUUGACUUACUUUCCUGUGGUCCACCCAGUCAUGAUUGCAGUCUGCUGUUUCCUCAUCAUAGUUGGAAUGCUGGGCUACUGUGGAACAGUGAAAAGAAAUCUGUUGCUCCUUGUCUGGUACUUUGGAAGCUUGCUUGUAAUAUUCUGUGUUGAACUGGCCUGUGGUGUUUGGACCUAUGAGCAGGAAAUAACGGUUCCAGUGCAGUGGUCUGAUAUGAUCACGCUGAAAGCCAGGAUGACCAACUAUGGCCUACCUAGGUACCAGUGGCUGACCCAUGCUUGGAAUUUCUUCCAGAGGGAGUUUAAAUGUUGUGGGGUGGUGUACUUCACAGACUGGCUGGAACUGACAGAGAUGGACUGGCCGCCUGACUCGUGCUGUGUUAGAGAAUUCCCAGGAUGCUCUAAGCAGGCACAUCAUGAGGAUCUCAGUGACCUUUAUCAGGAGGGAUGUGGUAAAAAAAUGUACACUUUUUUGAGGGGGACGAAGCAAUUGCAAGUGCUGAGAUUUCUGGGAAUCUCGAUUGGUGUAACACAGAUCCUGGCUAUGAUCCUCACCAUUACUUUGCUGUGGGCUCUGUACUAUGACAGAAGGGAUCCCGGGGCGGAUCAGAUCAUGGCCCUGAAGAGCGAUACCUCGCAGCAGCUGUCGUGUCCCUCUGUGGAGCUGCUGAAACCAAGCCUGACAAGGAUCUUUGAGCACACUUCUAUGGCAAAUAGCUUUAAUACACACUUUGAAAUGGAAGAGCUAUAGGUGAUGCAAUGAAGCUCAAGUUGCAGAGGGUUUUAUUUUUUUCGUUGUUGGUUUUGCUCUGUUCCAUGGAGUGUGCCAACUGUACCAGUCUUCAUAUGCUUCAGAAAACAGCUGAUGAAUGGAAGGAGGCCAGCACAGAAAGAAGGUUAAACUCAUCAGUGUCUCAGCCAUGAACAGAGUUGAUUUUGUUUUAUAAAACACACUCAUUCACUGGGCAGAGUAAUAUUUAACUUAUUAUUGCAAGCCAUGUGAUGUGUACCAGUUGAUUCACAGGUAGACAGACAGAACCUUUAAGGAUGCAUCACGGGAGAAGAAGAGAAAUAGUCAUCUGAAGAAACAGCUGUGCUUUGGACAAACAAAAUGUGACAUCACUUAAAAUUGACUUUUAUAUUUUUAAAAAGCCAUUUGGAAAAAUGUCUUAAUCAGGGAUCUGUGUAUAUAUAAUUGUGUGUUUUUGUGUGUGCAUGGAAAGCAGAACUAAAAUUCAAGUCAAUACUUGGAUUUAAAAAUUUGCAAGAUUUGUAAAAAGGGCAAGAUUUUCUUUUUUCUAACAAAACCUUUCUUAGCUGGUGUUAUUAAAGGUGUUCUAAAACUUCUCUUUUUAUCUAACGUAACUGUUAAAUUUUUAAUUUUAAAUACAUUAAACAGGGAUUUAAAACAAAAAUAUGGCUCUGGACAAUAGAAUUUAAUUUUCUGAGUAAUUCUGGAGAAUUUUUCUUUGAAACAGUUGGUUCUAUAGAAUAUUUCUUGGUGAAAAGAAAGAAGCCUUUAAACAUUGUUUCCAAAAUGGGAAUCAAUAUGGGAGUAGCACAUUUUUAUAGAUAUAUCUUUUCUCCUGUCUGUGAUUCCCCUAAAAGUAGAAACAAAAGACAAAUGCUUACAGUUCUGGAUGCUAUUGCAAUAAUUGUAGAAGUACAUAGGGAGAAGUUAUAUUUUGGAGGCUUCUUCAUUAAGAGUUCUCUAGUGGCUUAAAAGGCCUACUGGAAACAACAUUAAAAUAUAUUUAUUGAGGUGGGGAAAGUGCAUUUUACUGUAUUUUUAUGAACAAUGUUUAUUUCAUAGGAUUAUUUUUACAAUUGGCCACGUUCCUGAAAUAUAUAUUUGUUCCACUGAGUACAGUAGUUUGUGGCAAAUGGGUUUUUGCAGAAUAUUACAUUUUAAAGUUCUUUUUGUUGUUUUCGAAUUUGUAAAAGAAAAGGGGGAAAAAAAGAUGUGAUUUGGUAGACAAUAAAAUGACUUUUGUCUUAAAUUCCA